AAAAUGAAACGCCCUGGGGAAAUUCAGCCUUGGCUUGGCCUUUGUUUCUAUACAGCUGGGAUGAUGAUGUCAUCAACUCAGCUGGGGGAUUCCAAGGAGGUCGUCCCAGAAGAAGGGAGGAGAUACACAGAUCAGGCCAUUUGACAGUCGGGUUCUUAUACCGGAUGAAGAGAAAUGUCACUUUUCCGUUACAUAACAUAUUGCUGUCUUCAAAGAAUAGCAAGAGCUAAUGUAUUUAUUGUUCAUUACAACGUUUUGUAGGACAUUAUAUAUGACAAAACUAGCCGGCAGCUAUUUAUUUAUACAGUAUGAUGCCUAUGAGAAAGAAUUUGAUCUAAAAACAAUGUUUUUGAUGAUGUCUUACAGAACGGAGUAGUACACCGAGAUCUCAAGCUGGAAAACAUUCUCCUGGAUGACAACGGUAACAUUAAGAUUGCAGAUUUUGGUUUGUCUAACCUCUACCACAAGGACAAGCUUCUUCAAACGUUCUGCGGCAGCCCGCUCUACGCUUCCCCUGAGAUUGUGAACGGACGACCAUAUAGAGGCCCAGAGGUUGACAGUUGGGCGUUGGGUGUAUUACUCUACACUCUCGUCUACGGAACAAUGCCCUUCGAUGGAGGAGACCACCAAAGACUCAUUCGCCAGAUCAGCAAUGGAGAAUACAGGGAACCACCACAGUCAUCAGAUGCUCGUGGUUUGAUCCGCUGGAUGUUGAUGGUUAAUCCAGAUCGCAGGGCUACAGUUGAGGACAUUGCGAAUCACUGGUGGGUGAACUGGGGCUGGAAAACCAGCGUAUGCGACUGUCAAACACAAAGGGAAAACAGCUCGCCAAUGCUGGCCCGCUUCAUUGACUGGCAGAACCGCACCGAGGUCAAAAGUUCAGGCAAAGUUCAAUGCCCAGAGCCUGGUAACAUUAACAAUGUCACAACAGCCUUGACUCCAGCCCGGCGUCUGAGAAAGUCCAUGAAGGAGAACGAUGGUGCGAUGUGGGUUGUUGCAGAGGAGAAGCCAGGCCUCAAAAGACCAAAGAGCAUCCUGAAGACUCGGGCGACCAGUGGAGACCAGCGGUCCCAGAGUCUGUGCGAAGUAGAGCUCAGGCGGUCCAUUUGCUACCAAGACAUCGAGUCCAGCUCCAGUCCAGAGCGAGAGGAGACACUGGGUGGCUCGCCAGCCAAAAUAGUGUCCAUGUUACCCAAGAAAGGCAUUCUGAAAAAUAAUCAGCAGCGUGAGUCUGGAUAUUACUCCUCGCCGGAGCGCAGCGAGUCCUCCGAACUGUUAGGGGGUGCUACUGUGCAGCCUCCGAACAGCUCACCGCCCAAACGGACUGUCGGGAGAAAAGGUAUACUGAAGCGUAAUGGGAAAUAUUCCACACACAGUGCCGUGGGAGUCCAUGGGGAGAUCUCGGCAGAAUCAACCAUCUCGCGGAGCCAAAGCAGACCAUCUAGCAUCUUGUACGAGGAGACGGGUCUCUCCAGUAUUGGUUUGGACUGGCCUCCCACCUCUCCCAAACCCAACAUCCGGGGCUCGCUGUCGGCUGAAGACUUGCUGCAGAUGGCUGGGUUCAGGGGCCUUCAGACCAGUGGAAAGGGCAUUCGCAGCCCUCCCGGUUCCCCUGGAGACAAUGGCAGCUUCUCAUUACUGGGUGAUCUGGAUGAUGUUACCCAGGUAUACCAGAAAGCCCUGGACAUCAGCAGCCAGCUAGGCUAGACUUGGACAAAAAGACAGAGAGACUGGAAGAGUGAAUGACUCCCAGCUUGUCCUUCUCAUCACAGUGCUGCUGGGUAAAUGUUUACAGGUCGAGAAGCGGGACAUUUCAAAUCUCCAUUCACCAACUCGUGUUGAUGAGCAUUUCUCAUGAUAUCCUCGUCUUAGACUCGACAGUUGAGGGAGAACAACCGAAGCACUUUAAAGCGUCUGUUCUCCGAGAUGCAGCACAAUGACAUCUGGGAUUGUGUUAUUUAAAUUAUUUAUCUGUCAUUCGUGGUUUGGACACUUUGAAAACACCAAGGCCAUUUCAUAGUUUAUGGGAGAGCGGUUUUUAUCAAUACAGGUCAUGUAUUAUGAAAAGUGUUAGACAAACGCCAUUUAAACAUCUGUAUAAUACAUUUUCAUUGUAUUAUACCAGCAAUUUCAAUGAAGUGCAUGCACAACAGUGUAUCAGUAAUGCUAAGAUUUAAAGUUAAGGAGUGUUUUUUGAGAGUUUGAAAAGUUGUAGGUUUAUUAUAUAAAAAAAAAGAGCAUUUUGUCUUUUGUAAACCGUUUUGACAACACUUACAGAAAAGUAGCAAAAGGUACUAUACUACAGUACCACCAUGGUUUUUGAACAUGUAUCAUGGUAUUGUUGGUGUGGGGCUAAUUUAUUAUUUUUAUUAUAAAAAAAUAAAUUUAAAAAACUGUUAACUUUGGUACUCCUAAAAUUUAAAAAAUAAUAAUUACAAGUACCUAAAAAUAUAAAACUAAACAAAUGUAAAAAUAAAAUAAAAUAAGAAAUUCUAAGUUACAAAAACUCUGCCUUGAAGUAUAAUUCAUUUCAGUAUUUACUAUGGUAUAUAUCAAAGUACCAUGAUAUUACGUUCACUUAACCAUGAUACUUUUUUGUAAGGGAAGGAACAAGAUGUCAUAAAACGUACCAAAAAUACACUGAGCUCAUUCUAACCUGUGCAGAGACAGAGCGGUGCAAAUGUUGACAUAUCUCUGAGAUCAGCUAGAGAGCAACUAAUGCAACACAAAGCACAGCAAAGGUCAAAGGGCAAAGGUUGCAUCAGUGUUAUGAUACCCUACAUUCUCAUUCUCUCUCACACAGACACGCACACAAUGCUAGUGCACACAGGUAAUUAUAUGAGCUCCCUGAAGCAUGAAAGUGUGGAAAGACAAGCUUUGACCUGUGGUGAAAUUCUGGUCCAGAAAUGACCCUUGUCUCAACAGCACAUGCCUUUUAAGACAGGAAAAAGAUGCCAAACUAUUCUUUUCACAAGGUGGAGUGUUAAAAGACACGUAUUCUGAAAAUGAAAAGGUUUCACUUUAAAAAAUGGGUUCAGGAUGCGGUAUGUAUUGUGCCCGUGCAAUUGUUUUAUUGUUCAGUAUACAAUGGCAUGUCAAGAUCAAAUAAAUUUUCUACGCCAUUUUUUUCUGUUACAUUCUGUUUGUUUUUGCUUAUUCCUCUAGUUUAAUUUCCUAAAUUGCUCACACAGGCUUUCAUUUCAAAAUAUUGGUUGCAUGUGGCAUUUUUUCUGUGGGUUAAGCGUGAAAUAUAAUAGUCUAGCUUUAAACUUUAAGUAUGUGCUUAAUUUUUUAAAUCUGCAUCAAGAUAUACAGUUCAGUACAACGCAUUUCUGUCAACAUAAGCAUCAGUGCAGUUAUAUAUGAAGUACAGUGUAACCAUUUAAAUAUAUAUAUAUAAGAAAUUAACUGGAAAAAGAUUGUGUUUAUCCUUUAGGUUAUCUACUAUAGGUCAUUGAGAAAGCUUGACUGGAUAUACUACAUAUUUAAAUUGUAUUAUUUAAUGUGUCUUGUAUUAUAUUCUGUACAUUGCCAUGGCUAUUUGCCUCUCUUUUUUUGACUUAUGAUUGUCUUGAUUUGUGCCUUCAUCAACAUAAGAUCGUCCUGAUAAUGUUAAUGUUAUUCUCAGUUUAAAUAAUUUGCAGUAUUGUGUAAGAGUUUUUAAACGGCAUCCAUGGAAAAGAAGCUUGUCUGGAUGGUUUGUUAUGAGCACAGUUAGGUGGUGUAUUAAACCCUGUGCUGUUUGUGCUCAGUGCAAAACACGGUCCGUUCUUCUAAUAAAUGUCUUGAUCUAAA